AGGAUGUCCUCAAUGUUCGGCAAACCCCGAGCCAGCAGCGAGCGGCCGCCCCAGAGUCCCCUCCCCGAGUGCAACGUGGCCAUCCUGGGGUGCAGAGGGGCCGGAAAGUCAGCUCUAACCGUGAAGUUUCUAACCAAGAGGUUCAUCAGUGAAUAUGAUCCCAACUUGGAGGACACCUACUCUUCGGAGGAGCUGGUGGACCAGCAGCCUGUGCUCUUGAAGGUGAUGGACACUGCUGACCAGGAUGGCCCCGGGAACUGCGAGCGCUACCUGUGCUGGGCCAGCGCCUUCCUGGUUGUCUACAGCAUCGACAGCAGGAAGAGCUUCGAGGGCUGCCAGCGCUACCUCGAGGUGCUCGCCCUGCACGCGCGGGGCUGCCAGCGCCGCUGCCCUGUGCUCCUGCUGGGAAACAAGCUGGACAUGGAGCAGUACAGGCAGGUGCUCUCAGCAGAAGGGAUGUCCCUCGCCAGCAGGUUUGGGUGCCUGUUCCAUGAGGUGUCAGCAUGCCAGGACUUCGCUCGGGUGCAGCACGUCUUCCACGAGGCCGUGCGGGAGGUGCGGCGCCAGGCAGAGUGGAACCUUCCCGUGCGGCCGCUCUUCAUCUCCGAGGAGCGGCCCUGCCUGCCUGUGGCCGUGCCAGUGGCCCUGCCCACCCACCACAGCUUGGCCACCUGCACCUUCAACAGCCUCUCCCCUGUCAACUACAAGGAGAUGCCCUCGGUGGCCCAGGCCAAGCUGGUCACUGUCAAGUCCUCGCGGGCUCAGAGCAAAAGGAAGGCUCCCACGCUCACCUUGCUGAAAGGCUUCAAGAUAUUUUAGGACACGUCCCUGUGGGCUGCAGAGAGGGAGGAGAGAGACCUUCUUCCAUCCCCCCAGCUCCACAGGAGCUGGGACCUUCCAUGAUGGACUCACGGGCACUGCAGCAGCUGCUGGCGGAUGGUGGCCCCGGUCUCCGUGCCGGGGCAAAGGCAGCAGUGGCAACGUGGUGAGCAGGCAGAGUGCCAAGGGUCUGACAUGGGCUGUGGAAUCGCUCUGCCUGCCCCUGCCUGGUGCUGCUGUGGUGUUUGCACCCUGUCCAGCCACUGCCACUGCGGCCAGCCCAGUUUUCUGUGAGGAUGCAGCAG